AUGGUUAAAAGACGUAACAGGAACCGACGUUCAAAGAUUAUUAAAAAGUAUCUCAAAAAGGAGAAUUUAAAAAAGCGAAAAUCCAGACCAUUCCCAUUGAAUAUCACUCAAAAGACAAUUAACAAAAUUUUACUAACGGACCCACGGAUAUUAUCAAUAUCCCAUCAAAUCUAUUUAUCCUACGGAGUAAUCGUUCCUCCAAAAUGCAAAACAGAUAUAUUAACGCCAUCAUACGUAUUUAAACGUCGUUUAUGGAAUCAUGAAAAAGGUUAUUAUCAAGUAAAAAUUCAAGAAUUAAUAAGAGAUGAAUUCGUCAGCCUUUUCAUGACACGUAAAAAGAAAAGCUUGCUUUCUGAUAGCGAAUUUAAUGAUACUAUUAAAAACGAGCUGGCAAACAUCCGUUCAAAUCUUGUUAAAAAUCAUAAUGUUCAAGAAUGCUGCCUGCUCAGAAAGUUGGUCAGACGCGAGAUACUUCCUAAAGGUAUAUGGUUAGCUAUAAUUAAACGAUGGGUGGAUAAUGAAAAAAACAAAAAAUCUAGAAUGCGAAAUAUAAUUGAA